GUAUGUAACACAUAUCUUCUUUGUUAAUUAUUCCUCUUUAUCCAAAAAAAGCUCUGCGAUCUCCCAGCAAAAAAAAAAAAAAACAAUGGCUUCUUCUUCUUCUUUAACUCUUUUGGCUUCUCCUUCUUCCCCGCCUCGCAAUUGGAUACAUCAUGUUUUCCCAAGCUUCCAUGGACCAGAUGUACGCAAAACCAUUCUCAGCCACAUUGUCAAAGAGUUCAAGAGCAAAGGAAUCGACAUAUUCAUUGACAAUGAUAUAGAGAGAAGUAAGUCCAUCGGUCCUGAGCUCAUAGAAGCUAUUAAAGGAUCAAGGAUUGCUAUUGUCUUGUUCUCGAAGAACUACUCCUCUUCGACAUGGUGCCUGAACGAGCUUGUGGAGAUCAUCAAUUGCAGAAAAGUCUUGGGUCAAACCGUGAUUACACUUUUCUAUGAAGCGGAUCCAACUGAUAUAAAGAAGCAAACUGGUGAUUUUGGGAAGGUCUUCGAAGAAACUUGUAAAGGAAAAACAGAGGAGGAGAUCAGAAGAUGGAAACAUGCAUUGACGGAAGUGGCCCAAAUCGCAGGUUUCCAUUCAUCCUCAACAAAAUGGGAAACUGAAGCAGAGAUGAUUGAAGCUAUUGUGACUGAUGUUUCGAACAAGUUGAACCUUUCCUCACCAUCCAGUGAUUUCGACGGCAUAGUUGGGAUGGAAUCUCAGAUGACCAAAAUGAGACGAUUGUUACCGCUUGAUUCUGAUGAAUCGGUGAGGAAAAUAGGGAUCUUGGGUCAGUCUGGGAUUGGUAAGACCACCCUUGCUAGAUAUAUAUUCAACCAAUACUCCCAAGAUUUCCAAACAAGUGUCUUUAUAAAUAAUAUCAGAAGAAACUAUGACAUACCAGCUUAUUCCGACAAGCACAGUGUGAAGUUGUAUUUGCAGGAGAAGCUUAUGUCUCAAGUAACCGAUGAUAAGGAUAUCAAGGUUCCGCAUUUGGGAGUCAUCAAAGAUAGGUUGAAAGACAAGAAAGUUCUUCUUGUCCUUGAUGAUGUGGAUCAGUCAGUACAAGUGGAAGCCAUGGCAAACGAAACUUGUGUUGGUCCCGGGAGUUUGAUUAUUAUCACCACACAAGAUCAAAGGGUCUUAAAAGCAAGUGGGAUCGACCAUAUACACAAGGUGGAUUUACCAUCAGAUGAUGAAGCUCUUCAAAUCUUCUGCAUCAAUGCUUUUUGUCAGAAUUACCCAAAGGAUGGUUUCGAGGAGCUUGCCUGGAAAGUUAUGGAUCUUGUAGAUUAUCUUCCGUUGGGGUUAGAGGUUAUGGGAUCCUAUUUUCGGGGAAUGUCUGAGCAAGAAUGGACAGAGGCACUACCAAACUUAAGGGCUCACCUUGUUCGUAAUGGAGAAAUUGCAAACAUAUUAAAGUUUAGUUAUGAUGCCUUAUGUGAUGAAGAUAAAAGAUUAUUUCUUCAUAUAGCCUGUUUUUUUGAUGGGGAACUAGUUGAAAUGGUGGAAAGCUGUCUAGAAGAAUCGUUUUUGGAUGUGAGACAAGGGCUUCAAGUCUUAUCUCAAAAAUCUCUCAUAUCUACUGAACACAGAACCAUAAAAAUGCCUAAGUUGCUAAUCCAACUGGGAAGAGAAAUUGUGCGACAAGAAUAUCCAAGUGAACCUGGAAAACGGCAGUUUUUGAAUGAUGCAAAGGAUAUUGAAGCCGUACUUGGUGAUGAUAACGCUGGUAAUAGCAGUGUCAUAGGAAUAUAUUUCGAUCACAAUAAAAAAAUAACAUCAUCGACAUGUGAAAGAGCUUUUGAAAGAUUUUCUAAUCUUCAAUUCUUAAAAAUUGUUGGCAAAGGCAUUAAUCCGCGAAGUAUGAACUACAUGUCCGGAAAGUUUAGAGUACUAAAAUGGUCGCAGUUCAAGAUGACAUGUUUUUCUUUAAGUUUUAAUCCAGAGUUCCUGAUCGAACUAGACAUGAGUUAUAGCGGUCUUACGAAAUUGUGGAAAGGAAAUAAACCGCUUAACAGUCUCAAGCGGAUGAAUUUGAGUUCUUCAAAAAGAUUGAAAAAGCUUCCUGAUCUCUCAUCUGCCAUUGAUCUAUAUUAUUUGAGUGUUGGUUAUUGCGAAAGUCUGGUGGAGCUCCCUUCCUCUAUUGGGAGUGCAAUUAAUCUCAUAUUUUUAGAUCUCAGUGGUUGUUCAAGUCUGGUGAAACUCCCUUCCUCUAUUGGGAAUGCAAUCAAUAUCCAGAGAUUGAAUCUCAGUUAUUGUUCGAGUCUGGUGGAUCUCCCUGCUUCUAUGAGAAAUCUUGGUAGAUUGUCGGAACUGGAAUUAGAGGGAUGCUCAAAGUUAGAGGUUAAUCUGGCCAACAUCAACUUGGAAUCUCUCGAUAAUCUCAAUCUGACAGGUUGCUUUUUGUUGAAAAGUUAUACUGAGAGUUCAACAGACAUUCAAGAGCCUGAUUCAUGGAGAGGGAGAAUAUCUCGUCUACCUCGAAUAGUACUAAGGGGAAUGAAGAAGCCGGUAUCACUCCUACCGCUUGUGGUAGGAGAACAUGUAUCAGAUUCACUUUUGUUGAGAAGUUAUCAUGAGAGUUCCACAGACAUUCAAGAGCUAGUAGAUCCAUGGAUCGGGAGAAUAUCUCGUCUAACGUUUCUUAAUCUAAGUGGGAUGAAGAAGCUGGUAUCACUCCCACAGCUUUCGGAGAUAGCAAUGAAGAUUAUGGAACUGCAGACAAUGAGAGCUUUGUUUGUAUCUGUUAUGUGACUACUAAGUUUCACUAUACUUUGUGUGAGCAAAAUAAUAAUUGAAUAUGAUAUGAUUUAUAUAUGCAUACCAUUUGGUUUAGUGUUCAAUUCCAAUAAAGAUCAAUCUGAGACAAAUUUGAGAAUAA